AGUAUGACGUUUGUAUCUUAGCAACAGUCACACAGCAAAAACAUAAUAGUUGCUGCAUCUCCGCUUGCUUGCCAUUCUUUUUUAGUCCAUAAUAAUAGCAAGAGAAACUUUACAUAUAUUCGUAUUUACUAAUCAAGAUGCCUCGUGGAGCACCAAGGUCUGCAAGUCGUCGCUCAGACGCAAGUGAUAUUGAUGCUGAUCAACAACUUGCUGAAAAUGAAUUGGGGAAGUUACAGAGGCAGUAUAGGAUUAUGGAAGGUGAUAGGAAUGCCUACAACAUCGAGUCACAAGAUCUGAUCCGCAAACAAUUAGCAGAGAUAAAGACUUUAGAGGCAGAGAAAGGUGAAUUGAUGAAGGAUCUGCGUCUUUCGGAGAGCAACACAAACAUCUCACGUGAUGACAGUAACAUCGAUAGGCUGCAGACGCUACUGGAGGAAAGAGAUGAGUAUCGUAACAUGAUCAGUGAUGAGAAGAAUCGACAGAAAGAACUGGACGGAAUGAUGAGAGAAAAAGAGCGCGAGAUUCACAGCCAGCACAAGAGAAUGGGCGGCGUUCACGCCAGCCAGCAGCACACUACGAAAACUCAGAAGGCAAUCCGCAUCAAAGAGAACCGUUUACACCAAGCAAAUGAGAAAUUUAACGCCAUGCUUACAGAAAAUGCUGAAUUCCGAGACAAAAUUGAUAGCCUUCGAGUGGAGAGAACACGUUUUGAGAAUAUUCGCAAGAAACUUGAAAAGGAAAGUAACGACCUUCGUCAGCAAAUUGGGGAGGUCAUCGACCAGUCUACUCAAGCAUACGAUGCAAGAGAUGAAGCACAGGCUAAAAUAAUUCUACUCAAGGACAAAGCGGAUAAGGAUUGUGCACAACACAAGGCCGAGAUGAAAGAACUGCAGCGUAUCAUUGACCACGACCGCCAACUGAAAGAUUUCAUGAUGAUCAAGAGUAAAGAGAGAGGAGAGGAGGACGAACGGUUGCUUGCACUGCGACAGAAACGAGAGGCUGAAGAGGAUGAAAGGCGUCGCAGAGAGCGCCAGGAAGACUCUAUCGAAGCUUAUGAAGAAGCAUUCCAGAAGAUCUCCGAGAUCACUGGCGAGGAAGACUUGAACAAGUUAGUGAACAAGUUUAUUGAAGUCGAGGACGGCAACUUCGCUCUCUUCAACUACUUAAAUGAGCAGAAUAAUGAAAUUGAAAGACUGCAAGAUCAAAUUGUUGAGAUAAAGCAAGAAAUUAAAAUGUUUGAGAGCCAGGGAGCUGAGAUGGAGACUCAACGCAAAGCUAUCUUGAAGAGUCUGGAAGAGAAGCAAACAGCUGCCGCCAAAGAUGCUGAUGAAUACGAUUCCAAAAGCAAAACUGUCAACAAAAUUCUGGAUCAACUUAAAGCAGGUGUUGAAUCGCUGUUUACCAAAAUCAACUGCGACCGUUCAACGAUUAAUGACAUGCUUGGUAACACAUCUGGCGUUUCGGAUGAAACAAUUGUGCAGUACCUCGGCCUAGUUGAGCAGAGAACCAAUGAGCUUCUAGCUGUUAAUAUCUAUGUUGAAAAUAAGAAUGUGGACCAUGAACCUCAGUCCAUGGGUGGUUUACUUGGUAAAGGACCGGUACCAGCACCACAACAAUUACUCAUUAUGGCACCGACAACCGGAGAUGACUAUGAUAGCGACCAAGGCUCGGAGAUGAGCGAAGAAGAAAGCAGACCUCUAACGCAAGCAGAAUUAAAACAACGGAUCAUGAAAGGGGUCUUGAAGAAAGAAGCGGCUGCCGCCAGGAAGGGGUUUCAGUAUGAUUUAUCUGGUGCGAAGGAAAUGAAGCAGAAACAGUCACUGCCAGAGAAGAAACGUGGUACCACAAAACGCUAAAGCAUGAAUUUCAAAAAUAUAGUUAUUGAAUUAUAAACACUACACAUACUGUAAAGUAUCGUAAUUUAUGGAUGUAUUGCUUUAUUUUUUUUGUUCAUUAUUUUCUUUUUUUGAGCAUCCAUUUUCUUAUAAAGCAUAGGUACUGUACAAUCAAAAUGUGGUUUCACUUUAUAAGACAUUUGUAUUUUGUAUUCAAAAACCCUAACAUGCUUCAUUUAUAGGAAUUCUAUUUUAUUGUGUGUUAUUCAUCACCUUUUGCAACAUGGUUUUAAGUACAUGAUUGUUGGAUUUUUUUGUUUGUUAUUUUUCCCUCACUCCCAUGUUAAGCACUCAACAUGGGAGUGAGUUGAUAUCAAUUAGUCAGAUUUGUAAAUUAUAAAAAUAUUGUAAAAUAAAAUCUUUGAAAUGUUCACUUUGUGACAGUAGUCCAGUACCUUUAGUCAUACAUUAUUAUAAUACCCAGUAUUAAUUAGACUGUCUUAGUCCAAAAGGCAUUAUAUUUUAGAUGGAACAGGGUUUUGCUCUAGCCUUCCCAUAUUAAACGUCUGUACCUUAUCCCCUUUUCUGGACGAUAUCUUUUAAUAAUUGUGUUGAUGCAUUGUAGAGGCCUAAUGUUACUUCUAAGAGAACUAGCAUGUUGACACAAAAUGGAAUUAAAUAAUUAAAGGCAGACACAUUUUCCAAGCAUUUUUCAUUUAUUAAAGAAGUUUUCUCGCUUUAAUGCAUUGACAAGUA